AUGCAUGGAAGCCUGACAGUGUCAGGUUACUUGCAACCAGAACUAACUGGUGUUAGCGGCAUCUUGCAUCUCCUGCUUUGCUUUGAAUUAAGUGUGCCGAAACUUGACAGCGUUCGUUUUCAUUCCUUUAAAAAAAGGGCUAUGGUCCCGGCCUGGCCAAACCAACUGGUAGUUCAACAGCUGAGCUUCGUGGCCGAAUUCGUCGUCUUAUCUGCCGUUCUCGCAAAGACCCUCAUCAUUUUCGUUACUUGCCUGCUUCCUCCUCAUGAAAAGAACACCAAUAUUCACUCCUCCCGAUUCCUUCCCUCCCUCUCUUAA